GAUAACACACAAGAGAGAGAGAAAAAUUAUGGCACUUAGAAUGUGGGCUUCUUCAACAGCCAAUGCACUCAGAAUCUCUUGUGCUUCCAAAGCUCAUCUCUCUCCUGCAUUUUCUCUCUCUAGAUGCUUCUCAACUGUUUUGGAUGGUUUGAAGUAUGCGACUUCACAUGAGUGGGUGAAGCAUGAGGGCUCAGUUGCUACAAUUGGUAUAACUGAUCACGCCCAGGAUCAUCUUGGGGAGGUAGUGUUUGUGGAGCUGCCAGAACGAAAGGCCUCAGUCUCCCAAGGUAGCGGCUUUGGAGCAGUGGAAAGUGUGAAGGCAACCAGUGAUGUAAAUUCUCCGAUCUCCGGCGAGGUUGUCGAGGUUAACUCCAAGCUUAGUGAAUCACCUGGCUUGAUCAACACAAGCCCGUAUGAAGACGGAUGGAUGAUCAAGGUGAAGCCGAGCAAUCCCGCGGAGCUAGAAUCCUUGUUGGGUCCUAAGGAAUAUACUAAGUUUUGUGAGGAAGAAGAUGCUGCCCAUUAGAGUUUAAACAUGCAGGUGCAAUCAUCUUGGAUAUAUACUUUUGCAGCAAGAAAAGGGGGGGAAAAAAAUCAUCUUAGAUGCUAACUGAUUUUCAGCCUUUUUUUUUAAAGAUUGUUGUAAUUUGCCAAGUUCUUGUCAAAUUAGACUACAAAAACUGCCGGCUCUGAAAUCACAUUUCCCUUUUCGUUUUAUUCUCUUGUUACAUUUUAACUCUAUCUUAUCUUCAUGUAAAGUAGUAUUCAUAUUUUCCUCCA